UAUUUGUGUAAACCACCUUGCGUAUGGAAGUAUGGCGGCCCCAGCGACCCACACGACGACGAGACUUCGGCCAAAAGUUCGCCGCCGCUUCUCGAAGUACUUGAGAGGCGAUGAGUAGGCGUGUGCGACACGGCGGCUCGACAACGGGGAGCGCGGCGACAGCGAAGCGGCCAGCGGCGGCCUCCACGCGGGCGAGACAGCAGCCGUCGGCGGCGUCCGGCUGACGGAGGAGUCGCCUGUAUUCCUCCGAGUGGAGUCCGGGGCAAUUGCGGACGCGGAAGUUUGCCAUUUAACUCCGUGUCCCGGUGACUGUGAAGAAGCAAAAGUGUUGACUUUGAAGAUGUUUUUAUUGAGAAAAUUACUCGGGCAAGGAGGCGCCGCCGACCAACUGUUGACUGUUCCGUGCGCCUUCCUAGAGGACCAGUGGCUAACCCGAACUAGCCUCCAUGGCUAGCUGCACUUGUAACUUGCGUUGCUCGGCUAAACUACGGAAACGAAGUUUACAACAGCACCUUCCCCAAGCACCCAAAUCCCAUUAAUGCGUGAGAAAAGGAGGCCCGCUGGAGUAGCUCGGACCCGCACGACAAAUCCGCGUCGCACCGGCAGAGGACACCCCGCGCCGGGGACGAGGACUCAUCCCGUCUCCUCGUCUCCUCCCUCCCGCCCACUGGCCCGACCCGGAGAGUCCCGGCUGCGGCCUGGCACCGUGCCCUUAUGGGGCAGCAGCCGGGGAAGUUUGCCGGGGACCAGAGGAGACCCAGUCUGCCAGCUUUCAUCAAGGUGGUCAAGAGGGAGUCCACGCGGCACGGGGCGCAGCCCUGCAACGUCUUCGCUGUGCACGAAGCUCUCCAGAGACCAGACUUUGAGGGUCAAGGUCUGAGCGAAGCGGCCCGCUGGAACUCCAAAGAGAACCUGUUGGCCGGCCCCAGCGAAAAUGACCCCAAUCUGUUUGUGGCGCUGUACGACUUUGUGGCCAGCGGCGACAACACGCUCAGCAUUACCAAAGGCGAGAAGCUGCGCGUGCUGGGCUACAACCACAACGGCGAGUGGUGCGAGGCCCAGACCAAAAAUGGCCAAGGCUGGGUGCCGUCCAACUACAUCACGCCCGUCAACAGCUUGGAGAAGCACAGCUGGUACCACGGGCCCGUGUCGCGCAACGCCGCCGAGUACUUGCUCAGCUCGGGCAUCAACGGCAGCUUCCUGGUGCGCGAGAGCGAAAGCAGUCCCGGACAGAGGUCCAUUUCCUUGCGCUACGAGGGCAGAGUUUACCACUACAGGAUCAACACGGCAUCCGACGGCAAGCUGUACGUGUCGUCGGAGAGCCGCUUCAACACGCUGGCCGAGCUGGUGCACCACCACAGCACGGUGGCCGACGGCCUCAUCACCACGCUGCACUACCCGGCGCCCAAACGCAACAAGCCCACCAUUUACGGCGUGUCGCCCAACUACGACAAGUGGGAGAUGGAACGCACCGACAUCACCAUGAAGCACAAAUUGGGCGGCGGCCAGUACGGCGAGGUGUACGAGGGCGUGUGGAAGAAGUACAACCUCACCGUGGCCGUCAAGACGCUCAAGGAGGACACAAUGGAAGUGGAGGAGUUCCUCAAGGAGGCUGCUGUUAUGAAAGAGAUCAAACAUCCCAACUUGGUGCAACUCUUGGGCGUGUGCACGCGGGAGCCUCCAUUUUACAUCAUCACAGAGUUCAUGACCCACGGCAACUUGCUGGACUACCUGCGGGAGUGCAACCGAGAGGAGGUCAACGCUGUGGUGCUCCUCUACAUGGCCACGCAGAUCUCCUCCGCCAUGGAGUACCUGGAGAAAAAGAACUUUAUACACAGAGACCUCGCUGCCCGCAACUGCCUGGUGGGCGAGAACCACCUGGUCAAGGUGGCAGACUUCGGUCUGAGCCGGCUGAUGACGGGCGACACGUACACGGCCCACGCCGGGGCCAAGUUCCCCAUCAAGUGGACGGCUCCGGAGAGUCUGGCCUAUAACAAGUUCUCCAUCAAGUCAGACGUGUGGGCAUUCGGCGUGCUGCUAUGGGAGAUCGCCACCUACGGGAUGUCCCCGUACCCCGGCAUCGACUUGUCCCAAGUGUACGAGCUGCUAGAGAAGGACUACCGGAUGGACCGACCCGAGGGAUGCCCCGAGAAAGUCUACGAACUCAUGAGGGCCUGUUGGAGGUGGAACCCUUUAGAACGUCCGUCUUUUGCAGAAACCCACCAAGCCUUUGAGACCAUGUUCCAGGAGUCCAGCAUCUCAGAUGAGGUGGAAAAGGAGUUGGGCAAGAAAGGGAAGAAGGUGACCUUGGGCUCCAUUCAGCAGGCUCCAGAACUGCCCACAAAGACCAGAACGCUGCGCAAAAAUAAGGACAACCGGGACAGAGAUAGUCCAGACCCGGUGGACCUGGACGUUCCCCUGCCUUCCCCAAUGCUCCCCAGGAAAGAGCGCCCCCUCCCGGAUGGAAAUCUGAACGAGGACGACCGGCUCCUGCCCAAGGACAAGGACAAAACGCGUGGCGGCUUUAUGAGCCUGAUCAAAAAGAAGAAAAAGAAUGCCCCGGCGCCUCCCAAGCGGAGCUCGUCCUUUCGGGAGAUGGACGUCCAUCCCAAUCGGCGGGGCGGCUGUCGGGACCCUCGGGACGGGGACUGCUUCAGCAACGGGGGGUCGUUGGCUAACAAUGACGCCUCUCACGUACUGGAAUCCCUAAAGUCUUUGGCGACUAACAAUAAUGGCACAAAUGGAGCUCCCACCUACCCAGGACCGCUGUUCCCCCGAAAAAAGGUUGCCCCUGCUGUGCCCGGACCUGCGUCCAAGGCGCCAAUCACCCCUCCCGGCGAAGACGAGGUCAUGACGAACUCUAAGCGCUUCUUUUGGUCCUCGAGCCUACCCGCCGGCUCAGACGGCACCCAAUGGAAGUCCGUCACCUUGCCGAGGGACUUGGGACAGAGGCAUUUUGACUCUGGUACGUUCGGGGGGAAACCGGCGCUCCCCCGCAAGAGAACCAGCGAGCAGAAAGGGGAUGUCGGCCCUCGCAUGGGCACCCUGACUCCGCCUCCGCGUCUGCCCAAGAAAGCGGAAGAGUCGCCGGACGAAGCGCAGAAAGAUGCCGAGCUGAGUCCCGGAUCCAGUCCCCAGGCUUUAACCCCCAAGGUCGUUAAGAGGCCCGGGCUCCCGGAGAACUCAAAGACUAGCGCCCUACACGCCGAACUUCUCAAGCCCAGCGUCUUCCCGGCUUUGGGUGCCGCCGGAGAAGAGUGCCGGGCCCGCCGCAACAAGCACACUGCCGACGCCCGAGAGAAGGGCAAGUUUCAGAAACCCAAACCUGCUCCUCCCCCACCGCCCGCCAACGCCAAAACGGCCAAGACCUCCCGCAGUCCCGCUCAAGAUCUCUCAUCCCCUUCGUCAGAAAUCAAAGCUAAGGGCCUCGCCUCGGAGCCCCAACACGGAACCACUCCCGGCGAGGGGGCUAAGAAGCUGCCCCCGAGUUGCAACUCCAAACCUCAACCGCUCAAGACCUCCGCCUCGGCGAGCGGCUCCCUUGGAGGCGAAUCGCAAGGCGCGCCGGCCGCCUUCAUCCCCUUGGUCAACCCCCGCCGAUCCCUGCGUAAAACGGCUCCGCGCCAGGCCUCGGAGCGCACGCCCAACUCUGCCGUGACCCGCGAGAUGGUCCUGGAGGGCGCCGAGCAGCUGCGGGCCGCCAUCGGUCGCAACUCUGAGCAGACGGGCAGCCACGGCGCCGUCCUGGAGGCCGGCAAGAACUUGUCCAAGUACUGCGUCAGCUUUGUGGACUCCAUCCAGCAGAUGCGCAACAAGUUCGCUUUCCGCGAGGCCAUCAACAAACUGGAGAGCAGUUUGCGCGAACUGCAGAUUUGCCCCACCGCCUCCGGGGGCGCCAACGCGCAGCAAGACUUUACCAAGCUGCUGUCCUCCGUCAAAGAGAUCAGUGACAUCGUUCAGAGGUAGCGUACCACGGACACCAUUUUUACGAACUGAAAGCUCUCUUGGGAGCAGGCGUCGGUGACGCGGUACUCCCAAACCCACCUGUGUUUUUUGUGGACGCAAGCAAAGGACGUUGGCUGAUUUCUGGAGUUUGAGCCGAUAUCGGGUAUUAACCGAGUUGUUCUAGUUAUGCCAGUUAAUUCCAGGAAAAAAGUGCCUUUCUUUUUUUUUUUUCUAAAUAAGUUGCCCUCGACUGAGCGUUUGGCCUCCAGAAUUCAUAUGUGCCAGUCAAUCACUUCUGUUCGGGUUCCCCCAACUAAAGGGGUUCGCACCACGGGCUUUUUGCUUCAAGUGCUCUUUAGCGCAGUUUUUUACCAAGGCACAUAUUUUGCAAUAUAUUGGGGCACAGCGCCAAACAAAAUGCCACAAAAAGCGCCCUUUUUGUAGGAUGCAAAAGUAGCUAUGCAGUUGGAAGUGUUCUACAGGGGUUUUUUUUUGCCUUCUUUAUUCAUUUGUGUGUGAGAGUGUGUAAGAAAUGUUGAGAGAUUUGUGUGUGCGUAUGUCAGUGUGCAAACAAGGAUUCAAUUUUGUGAAAUGUUUUUGAGAGUGUAAACAGUUUUUUGUGUAUGAGAAGUCGUCGGUUUAUGUGAACUGUAGUUUCUUUGCUUUUUGUCAAGCGAACACUUCCAACUGUACGUGUACUUAUGCGUUUUACGGCAUGACGUCAUGUAUUUUGACUCAAUUCGGGUCACCUGGCGGAAUUUAGGGCGGGUCUAAAAACGUUAAAGAAGUAUUCCUCUUCAAUAAAGCCUUUUUCUUUGCCGCCGCGUUGCCCUACCAUGACAGCCAAGUUGUGUUUCACUGUUGAUACUUUGUGCCUUCAAGACUUUGACGUUAAAUGACUGAUAACCCCCCCGCCCCCCCCAAAAAGUCAAGCCUCAGCGUAUACUGAGGAACUUGACAGUUUAUCAAAAGCCAUCAGUAGCUUCAAGACAUAAAAGUCUUGCUCCCCUGGUGUCUCUAUACAAAGUCUGUUUUGAUGCAAGUGUGUAUGUGUGUGUAUCUGUUGUAAGCCUGCAAAAAGUGUUUUUAAGAGUACGUGUGGGUGUGAAACGUGAGGAGUGCACCUUGUUGGACUUUGGUCCCGUGUUCUUUGCGCCGCUGUUCGUACCACUACUCCUUUGGAUGGGUCCAAGUCCCCCCCACCAUCUUGUAAAUAUGUUGUCUUACUCCUUUCUUUUUCUUAGCCUCACAGUGCAAUUUUGGUUGUAAUAAAAUGACAAACGCUGACAAUUGAAA